CAUCGACAGUUCAUUCAAAGAAGAAGAAAGCUGUCUUCUCUCGUCCUUGUAGUUGUCGCCUAGCCGCCCCGUCGAGAUACACGGCCACAGCCAUAGCCAUGGCGCUGCAACUCUGGGAAACCCUCAAAGAAUCGAUCACAGUCUACACCGGUCUCUCUCCGGCCGCCUUCUUCACCGCUCUGGCCCUGGCUUUGGCCGUCUAUUAUGUGGUCUCCGCGCUGUUUGGAUCCCCCGAUCGUCAGUACGAGCGGUUGAGCAGGGCUUCCCAGGAGGAGAUGCAGCCUCUUCCUCCUCCGGUUCAGGUCGGGGAGAUCACCGAGGAGGAGUUGAAGGCCUACGAUGGCACAGAUCCACAGAAGCCGCUGCUUAUGGCCAUCAAGGGCCAGAUCUAUGAUGUGUCGCAGAGCAGGAUGUUUUAUGGACCUGGGGGCCCUUAUGCUCUAUUUGCUGGAAAGGAUGCUAGCAGGGCUCUAGCAAAGAUGUCUUUUGAGGAGAAAGAUCUAACUGGGGAUAUCUCUAGUCUUGGUCCAUUUGAACUCGAUGCAUUACAGGACUGGGAGUACAAGUUCAUGAGCAAGUAUGUGAAAGUUGGGACUGUUAAGAAGACAGUACCAGUGACGGAUGGAUCAUCCAGUGGCGAACCUGUUGAGGCAACCAAUGACAAUGUUGAUGACAAGCCUGCAGGAAAUGGCCCAUCUGGGAGCACAGCUGCUGGACUUACAGAAAGCGCAGCUGCUGCUGACGCUGACAAAGAGUGAUGAUCAACGCCCCUCUGAACUGAAAAUUCUCCAACGUGAAGAUGCCAAGAAAGAGUUAUAUAUGGGAGUGUUCCCGGAAGAAGUAAGUUUAUUUUCCUAGUAUAGAAUUAGAAUGUUCCUGCGGUAAUCAUACUGUAGUAUUAAGGCUGUAACUUUCAUCAAGAAAACAGAGAUUUUAACUUCUGGGUGCAUUAUGUUGAAUUGUUGGAGAAUGUCGCCAGUGAUUAAAAGUGAAUAACAGAUGCUGCAUAUUUGGAAUUGA